UAUUUUGACUCGACUCGACUCGAUUCGAUUGCUCACAUAGGUCAUGAAAUCGAGAUUUGAGACCGCCACAGAUUGGUGUAGCAUUCUGAUUCCGCAUUCUGAGCGCCAAAAACUGUUCUGUUCAUAUUUCAUUGAGGCCACUGACUCAUUACCAUUCUAAGCUUCUAACCUAUCAAUUUACAUCAAAUACUUCUAUCGGAUUCAUCUAAUUGUAAUCACCAAAAUGAUUCAAUCAAAACCUAUAAACACAAACAAUACUGCCAAUCUAAUUAACCAAGUUGUAUCAAUCAUGAUACAGAACCGCCCAUUUGAUACCCAACUCGCCUCUUCAACCACUGCCUCUUUAUUCUCACUCAAUUUAGUCUCCGACAUUCUCCGUUCAAUCCCAAAAUUCUUCUUCCAAUCCACCCGCUCAAUUGGCCGCCAAAACUCUACCCGUCACCGCUCUCCUCUUAAACAACGCAAUCUCAAGCAAGAAGCCCACAAACGCAGCAAUAAACUUCUCAUUCUUGGCCCAGCUGCUUAUAAAGACCUCCAAAGAAUCAAAUUAGGUGUUCUCAAAGCAAUGGACUUCUUUUAUUGGUUGGAAACUGAUCUUCAUUUUACACAUACUGAAAUGACCGUUAGAGAAAUGGGUUUUGUUUUAGCUAGAGCAAAUAAGCUAGACAAGCUCUGGAAAUUUCUGCAACACAUGGCAAAACGACACAGUUUUGAUGGAGUUAAACUCGUCACGACUACGACUGUUACCUGUUUGAUAAAAGUCCUAGGAGAAGAAGGUUUAGUUUCACAAGCCGUAACUCUGUUUUAUAGAAUGAAAAAGUAUCAUUGUAAACCCGAUGUCUAUGCUUAUAAUACCAUUAUCUAUGCUCUUUGUAGAAUUGGGAAUUUUACCAAAGCUAAAUUCCUGCUUGAACAAAUGGAGUUGCCCGGUUUUUAUUGCCCACCCGAUACUUUUACUUACACUAUAUUCAUAAGUUCUUAUUGUAAGUUCAGUUUGCAAACUGGGUGUAGAAAGGCUAUAAGGCGAAGGAUAUACGAGGCUAAUCAUUUGUUUAGGGUCAUGUUAUCGAAAGGUUUUGUCCCUGAUGUUGUUACAUAUAAUUGCUUGAUCGAUGGGUGUUGUAAGACUUAUAGAAUCGAGAGGGCCUUGGAGCUUUUUGAGGAUAUGAAUAGACGGGGCUGUGUUCCAAAUCGGAUUACUUAUAAUUCCUUUAUUAGGUAUUAUAGUGCUGUGAAUGAGACUGAUAAGGCUGUUGAGAUGUUAAGGAAGAUGCAGGAGGUGAACCAUGGAUUGCCUACUUCGAGUUCUUAUACUCCAAUUAUACAUGCCUUAUGUGAAGCUGGAAGAGUGCUGGAGGCUAUGGAUUUAUUAGUUGAGUUGGUUAAUGGUGGCUCGGUACCUAGGGAGUAUACGUAUAAGUUGGUUUGUGAUGCAAUGAAGUCAUUUGGAGAUGUAAAUUUGCUAGAUGAUGAAUUCCAUAAAAAAAUAAGAGACGGAAUAGAAGAUAGAUACUGGCGAGUGAAGAAGUUGAAACCAUUUAUGGUUCAGAAGAUGAUGAUACGAUAGUGUACGAGAAGUAUUAUACCUGGGACCUUGUGCAUAAAGGAAACGAAAUCUGUAGUGAGUAUUGCCUGAUGGGCGAAGUUUAAGUGGCAGCAUCCGAAGCGUGAUUAUAGAAAAUCACGAUAAAAAAGAAAGAGGACUCAGGUCGCAGAGGGCGGGCAUUAUAUGUACAGCUGUAAGCUGGCAGCAUGGAGCUUAAGGAAUAAUGUCUUGAAGCUCCUUGAGCUGAUAUCGCUGGAGGAAACUUUAGGUCAAAUACUUCUUGGGCUGUUCUUGCAUAUUUUUAGCAGCGGUCACAUGCUACUGAGACAAUGCUUAAUUUAGAUUGUGAGAGCUGCAGGAUUUGCCUUUCGAGCUGUGACAGAAUAAACCUACAGAAAUGGACUAAAUCUAUAACUUGGUGUGAUUGGCAGCUAAGUGUCAUAAACUCCAUUUCUGAAACUGAGGAACACUUAAACCCUCGAGUCUUGACUGAGGUGGUAGAGGACUGCUAGUCUAUGUUGCACUGAAAUUUGUUGAACCCAAAAUUUCAGCAUUUCGUUUCGUUUCAAAAAUUCUUCUGAAACUCAAAAAUUUUACAUUAGUUUCAAAAAUUCUUCUGAAACUCAAAAAUUUUACAUUAACAAUAUAUUUUUGUAAAAGAAAUAUCGUUUUACUGUUUCAGCAUUUUUCGUUUUUGUGGAACAUAGCUGCUAGUCAAGUGAUCCAGGUCUAGAUGAUGAAUCAUAAAUUUCAGCAUUUUGUUUAUGUUUUUCAAAAAGCUUUUAUAACAGAGAAAUUCUAUAUUUAUAA